AUGGCGAAUCAUUAUAAUGUACCUAACUGGGCAGGUAAACCUCCAGUGGGACUUCACCUUGAUGUAUUAAAAGGGGAUAAACUUAUUCAAAAACUAAUGCUUGAUGAGAAAAAAUGUUAUUUAUUUGGGAGAAACCCACAACUUAAUGAUUUUUGUAUAGAUCAUCAAUCAUGUUCUCGUGUGCAUGCUGCUUUCGUUUAUCACAAACAUUUAAAUCGAGCUUUUUUAGUCGAUCUAGGAAGUACACAUGGAACAUUUAUAGGAUCUGUUAGAAUAGAAGCUCAAAAACCAACUCAGUUGCCUAUAGAUAGUAUGUUUCAUUUUGGUGCUUCAACUAGAAAUUAUAUAUUAAGAGAAAGACCUACUCAAGGGUCUAAACCAAUAAUGGAAGAAUUAGAAAAAGCAACUGAUGAAGCUGAGGGAGGAUUAUUAGGGCUACCUGAGACUGAAACAGAGCUGGAUAAUUUAACCGAAUUUAACACAGCACACAAUAGAAGAAUAUCAAUGUUAGGAAUUACAGAAGACGAAAUAAGAGGACCCCCUAGGAAAAAAAAACGCAAAGGGAUUACAUGGAAUGAAGAGGAGGAAAUAAUUAAUCCCGAAGAUGUUGAUCCGUCUGUUGGAAGAUUUAGAAAUUUAGUACAUACUACAAUAAUACCUUCUAGGAAACAAAGAAUGGAAGUACCCGGAGGAGUAACUUCUGGAUUAGUAAACACAGAAGAAAGAGUGUAUGUAAAGCACCUUCCGACAUCAGUUUUAAUGCCGUCAUUAUACGACAAUCUUCCUGCCGAGCAAAGUUCUUCUAUCAUUUCUUCAUCCAUCCAAUAUUCGUCAACGAUGGCUACCAGACUUGGACUAACCCUACCGAAUCCAGCUCCUGAUGUAGAUCAUUUCACACCUUCUACGGCUCCUGUACAAUCAGUUGCACCACAACAACCUGAGAUUGAACCAAAAAAGAAAAAAUACGCCAAAGAAGCUUGGCCCGGGAAAAAAUCUUUACCGACUCUACUCGUUUAA